AAAGCGCGCCUCAAGCACGUAAAAGCACAACUCAGAAAAAAUUCAAAACAUUUCAAGUACACUGACAGCAUGGUAUGCAAAAAACACUACAAUAAUAAUACAUCUAUGUCCUACCCAAGUCCUCUCAUUUACCAUCGCAAAGCAAAGUUCUAAUGCAAAUUGACCAACUUCGUCACUUAAAGAACGAUCGUCUUGAAAUACGAGACAGUGUUGUGGAUUGUAUAUUACGGCUCAGACGCAAUCCCAGACAUUCCGCGGUAGAAUUGGAGCAGAGUGCAACCCGCCAUGCGCCAUUUAGCCAUGAUUAUUUGGUUGGCUCUACUGACCGUCUUCCCUUCGCUCGGUCCACCAGUAGUCUCGCAAACAACACCAUACCCAGCAAACAUGACAAGAGAACCAGCAAACAUGACGAUGACGAUGGCUUCAAUGACAAGAGAACCAUCAAACAUAACGAUGGCUCCAACAACCAGAGGACAAUUACCAAACAUGACAACAAUCCUUACCAAUUCCAUCGGAACACCAUCUCCAGCAACACCUUUGCGGCCCAGGUUCAAGUGUUACGAGACUAAUUGCACCCAAGGGGUGGCUGAGUGUCAAGUGGUAUGCAAGGACUCCUUCAUGGGUCUACCUGUGGUCCCGGACAGGUGCACGACUGCCAGAGUGUCCACAAGGCAAAGACCAGGAGAGAUAAUCACUCUCAAGCGAUGCGCUCAUUCCACUAUUUGUGAAGAAGAAAGAACACUGUGUAUCAUGGCCGAGAGACUGGCAGGGGGGUUCCUAGCAUCCUGCUCUGCUGGGUGUUGCCGCGGAAGUCUAUGCAAUGUCGGUGACGCAAUUCCCAGUCAACCUACAACAGAUGCAUCAACCUUCGAUCCAACAACGCAUCCAUCGAGCAAAGAUAUAUGGCGGCUCACAUCUUCGAAGACACAGUCUUGGUGGCCUUGGGUGUUAUCGAACAGACGGUAUACAAGUGAUUACUUUGUAUCAUUUGACAGAAGGCCAAUAGAAUUUAUCAUUAUGCACAUAGGUUAAAAUGAAGCAGUUUCAAUCAGUGUAUUUAGGAUGUACAAGAUGUACAAGCCUUUGUUUAAUAAUAUGUUCAUGAUGAAGAAGAAAAACGUUUAAUUGAUUUAUUUAUUCUUCUGUAAAAAAACCCCUUUAAAUUCCACUGUGCUUGUUACGAGAAUCUAUAAAAACAACACAAUUCCUCGGCUUUUACUGCAACUCAA